AUGGAAGCUUCAUCCGGCAAACAGUCAAUCUCUGAGUCCUCCAGCAUCUCCGCUGCCUGUCAGGAGAAUUCCGGGCGGGAAAAAGUCGGAGCUGGUGCCGCCACGGUGGUGAAACCCGCCUCCUUGAAAGAAAAAGAAGUUGUUUUCAUUGAUCUAUCUAGGGAUAACGAUCGUGAUGAUGAUCGGCCAAGUAAGGUCAAACCCAGUUCGGAUUUCAAUCUUUUCAGCAAGGAAAAGAUGUUGUCUCUUGGUGGGUCAAGUGGUGGAUCUGAGAUAGAACUCAAGCUUUCCACCAUUAACGCUUAUAACCAAGCUUUGAUUAACCCUUUCAGUGCUCCUACUUCUCUUGUUCAGACAAACCCUAGAUCAGCAGCUAAGCAGAAAUCUAGGGUUUUCUCCUGCAGCUACUGCAAGAAAGAUUUUUCAACCUCCCAAGCCCUAGGAGGGCACCAAAACGCACACAAACAGGAGAGAGCCCUCGCAAAACGACGGAAGGAAACCGGUUUCGGACACUCCCCCUUCCCCUUCUACAGUCCUUUUCCAAACUCCCAGAUGCCUUUCUAUAGCUCUUACAAUAGACCUUCAUAUGUUAGCCCUAUUGGCCUGAACUCCUCCAUCCAAAAACCUUCCUAUCCAUGGACUCCUUCUGGUUUCUCUUACUGCGUGGGCCACGGUGGUGUCUCUAUUACCAGUACUACUUCCCAGUUUCCUACUCCAAACAAUCAGCCUACUCGAAAGGAACCCUAUCCGACCUCGUCUGAGAAAAAGAUCGGAGAUGGUCUCUCUAUUUCGACUCCUACCCCCAAAGAACGACCUACUGUUACUCUCAACUUUCUCCAGCCUCUGCCAGAGAAGAAGACGAGAAAAGAUGACGACGAGAAUGAUAACUCGGGGCUCGAUUUGUCUCUCAAGCUUUAG